UUGAGCCCCACCCUAAUUUUGAAAUGUGGAGAUUAAAAAGGAAGAAGAAGGCUUAUACUAGCAUUUGUCACCAUUGUAACAAGUCUAAACGCCCAGCAAUCAAUGCAGCACGUUUGGGGCACGAAACUUGUCUGAUUACUGCCUAUAGGACAUUAGGGGGCUUCAACGAAACCGAUGAUUAUGGAGCUACACCUAUUCACUAUGCAGCAAGAAGUGGGAAAUUAGAUUGUCUGAAAUGGCUGGUUCAAAACUCUGGUAUAUCUUCUAAUGCAGUUGCAAAGAAUGGGUCAACUGCUGCUCAUGAUGCAGCCGCUAUGGGUCAUUUGGAGUGUCUUAAGUAUCUGAUUGAAUCUACUCAAUGCUCAGUUCUCGAUACCACUUCAGAAGGAGCAACAGUGCUGCAUAUAGCCUGCAGGUUUGGACAAACAGCAAUCACUAAUUGGCUUUUGGAAAGCACAGCUGCUGUCCCCAGUGACAAAGGUGCUAACGGUGUAACUCCAGUUCAUAUCUGUGCCGCUAAAAAUAACAUCAGAUGUUUGAAAUGCUUGACACGACACAAAUCAUACAUUCCAAAUCAAAGGACUGAUCAUGGUGCCACUCCACUAUACUUUGCAGCUCAGGAAGGAAGUGUGGAGUGUUUGGAAUUGUUGAUAAAUCAUGGCAAAGGUGACUUGUACAUCGGUGCUAAUGAUGGCAUGUUGCCAAUCCACGCUGCUGCUCAGGCUGGUAAUGUAGAAUGUCUCAAAGUACUUGUUGGCAGUGGUGUACCUCCUCGACAGAGAUCAGCUGAAGGAGCAACACCAGCUCAUUAUGCUGCUGCCAGUGGACACGUAAAGUGCCUGAAGUGGAUAUUAGAUAAUGGUGGUUCUCUCACUGACAAAGAUGAUCUAGGAGGAAUACCAUUGCAUGAUGCAGCUGAUCAAGGACAAACAGAAGCAGUUGCUUUUCUUAUUAAGAGAGGAGCUCCUGUGAAUGUCGAAGAUUUUGAUGGCCUAAAGCCUUUUGACUUGGCAAGGGAAAACAACCACAAGGAUUGUAUGAAGAUGCUUUUUAAAGCAAUAAAGCCAGAUAUUUUGACAUCUUUAACCCCCCACCACAGUCUUAGCCGUGCUUCUCAAAGUAGUGAUGAUGGUGGAAAAACAAAUUCCUUUGACAAAUUAGAAGAUUUUAAAUGGCAGUUUAAAGAUACUGUGCUUUCCAAUGAUGUACCAGUACAUCAUAGUUCUGGUGAGCUUUCAAAUGAUUCACAGAAAGAGACAAAUGAUGACUUGACAGUUUCUCAAGAGCUUAUAACUCCCAGUGCAGAUGAGAUUAAAUUUAGAAGCAACAAUUUUGAAGAAGCUAUCGUAAUUACAAGUACAAGUAAUAAUUCGUGUUUUGAAGAAAUUACAGUUACAUUUCAGAAAGAAUCGCUUCCUAUACCUCAUCUUCAGCUAAUUAGUGAUGAUGACCUGAGUUCUCCUGAUAGAAGUGAUGGAGAACAGUCAGAUGAUGAUGGUAAUGAUGAUGCAUAUGUGGACUUUAAACCACUCAGCAAAGAAGCAUUCGAGUCUUUUGGUUGUGUUAUGGACCCACCAUUAAUGGAACUAUCCAAAAAAGAGGAGGAGUUGAGUUUACUAAACACAGGAGAUAUUGUCAUUCAUGAGCCCCUAAAAGAAGUACAUACUGCAGAGUUACAAGUAUCAGUAAAUUGUAUCAAUAAAUAUGCAUUAGAAUCUUGGAAUGAAGCACAGCGAACAUCAACAGUGGAGUUAAGCAUCCCACCUGUCAUUGAAGAAGAAGAUGAAGAAAUAGACUUUUCAGAAAAUGAGAUAAAAGAAAAGGAAGACAUUGAAACAGAAAGUUCAGGAAUGAUUGAAGAAGUGCAUCAUAGAUCUCAAAUGACACAAAAACUACCAUCAAAUGGAAAUCAUUCAGUCUAUAGUCCUUUAAUGGUUUCAUUAUCUGCUUCCAAUGCACUUAGAAAUGAUGGCAAAGAUGAACAUAAUGAUUUACUGAUUCAAAAAGUUGAUGAUAUUGAUGUAGAUGCUACAUUAGAUUGCAGUAUGACUUUAACGUCAUCUGAGAUUGAGAUAUUGCAAGCAAAAAGCAUUGCUGCUGCUAAAAAUUCAACUACUGUAACAAAGUCUUCAAAACAAGUCUUUAUUCCUGUGGAAGUUGAAGGUGUGCAAACUGUUAUCAUUCAAGUACCUGAAGAUGCCCCAGUCAUUCAAAUAAUGUUUAAAGCUGUACAUAAAGCUGGAAUAGCACCUAAUAUCAACCAUACCUUGUUUGAAGUUUCUGACCUUUUUAAACAUGAACGCCAACUAGAAGAAGAUGAACUUCUACAUACAAUUACUUUUAGCUGGCCUAAAAAGAGUCAGCCACGUUUUGUUCUACGUAGCAAUGAGAAAAAAUACUUCUUAUGGAAAGAGCCCCCUUUUCCUAUAAAGAGAAUUACUGAAAAAUCAACAGAUGUAGGAGUUCCUCUUGUGAGUUCAAAAAUGAGCUAUUGCAAGCAAGGGAAUAAAUUAAAGUGGAUAAGUGAUACCUUUUACUUAAAUCAUUCUGGAAUAUGCAGCAGCAGCACAUCAAACAAAGGCUCAGCUGAUAAGCAGAAAGUAAUUGCUAGCAUUGAUCAAUGUCUCUAUACCAUUGUUGAUGGAGUUGCUGAAUUGCAUUCACAUAAAAAGCAGUUUGUACAGUCGCUUCCAACACCAUUUUGCUUUAUAGUGAAGCCUUUUGACUCUUGGAAGAAACAAGACUUUAAGAUAUUUUGUUGUGAAGAUUACUCUUCAUUUCAAAUGUGGGUCAAUGCCUUUCGCUUAUUAAAGCAUGGACUGCAACUGAAGGCAAACUAUGCAGCAAUGAAUACUAAAAUACAUAAUAUGCAAAUGCAAUAACAACUGUUAUUUUUCAUAACCUUACAAUAACUAAUAAAAUAA